UACGUCACACAAGCGGAUUCAUUCAGCAAUGUCCCCUCCACGUUCUGCGUAUAAAGUGCUCAGUAAAACUGCUAGAAUGUGAGUACUCUCAGCAGACUGAGCUGCUACCCAUGCUAUGGACACUCAGCAUCAUCACGGCUGCUAUUCAGGCCCACUCUGUCUCCUCCAACAUCCGUGUGCAAACCUCCCAUGUCCAUCUGCUAUGACAUACAUGUGUGCUGAUGACCUGCAUGAACAUUCCAAAAUCAUUCCGGUUCCCCAGAAUUAUCAGCUGUGCACCAAACAUGGCUUAGAGGCACCCUCGGUUUGCAGCAUGCAUCCAUUAAAGGACGUAGACUGCCAUGUUCUUGGAGAUGGGUUUCACCCUCUACAAGUGUGCCAUGCAAGUACCAAGGAAUCAAGCACUAUUGCUGAACCCAGGCUAUAUCGGAGCUUGGAGAACCUACACUGGUCAGAAUCAAGUGUGUUUGCACACUACACGAACAUGGAUAGUGAAAUUGUUCUGCAUUGUAGAAGCACAAGGCACAUCUCAGUAGGAUCUUCAGGGAAUGUGUCACUCCAGAGCAUGUCAGAGAGGGGAACUGUGUACAAAGAUCUUAAUUUACCACAUCUUUCCAAAGUACCUCAGUGGCUUUUUCCUGCAGCAGAUGACAAGUUAUCCUGUAGUGAUGCCAAAAGAGAACUGAAGGAGAAGUUAAGAACUCACAGCUCUAAGACUGUAGAACCCAGCAGACCUGUCCGCCCACAGACUUUUAUGGUUGACAGUAUGGCAUGGGCAACUGCAGACAGACCAUGUCAGCACUGCAAGUGUAAUGCGCCCUGUAGCACAGUAUCUGCAGUUCAACCUGCACUUUCAAACAGCACAAUGCCAGGAACCAGGCAAUGCACAAGAAACUUCUACCACAGGAUAAGUCCAGAGCACAUUAAGCAGGAAGCCAGGAGGAGGCUUCAGCUACGCAGGCAGAAUAGCUCCCCUAACCUGACAUUAUACCAAGGAGAGAGUGAGAGCAAAGGUUUGGUGAAGUCAAAAACUGCAGAGUCUUUCAAAGAACAGAGGCAAUGCCCGGGCAGGGUGUGGGAAACAGAACCCACAAAGAAGCCAUGCAGUAAAGGCAGGUUGUACAUUCCAACAUUUGAAGAAUUUAAGAGGAUGCGCAGUAAGGAAAAGAGCUGCAUAUCAAAGAAUGAUGUCUGCUUGGAAAAUGCAGAACCCUUCAUACAUAAGAGAGCUGUGCAAGAACGGGAUAGAAGCACUGAGCGGAACAUUAAUACAGUUAAUGCCAGUCUUAGACAGGCCCAUGAGCAAGAAUCCACUUCUACGCCUAAUGGAAUCAGUACUUUGCAAGAUCAGUCCCUGAGUUACAGUGAUACUAACAGCAGAGGUCCGUUCAAUGUACAGCAUGGCUCAUUAGACAGCAGAGUUCACCCUUCAUACUGGCCUACAUUCACAGCUCCCAUUUGUUCCAGUCCUGUCUCAAGGUUCCCAUUCCAGGCGCUAACCAUGCAUAGUGCGAAAGAAGAGCUUGUGGUGUGUGAUUCUCAUGUGUCUGAUAUGAAUAGGUCUAGUGGAUUCCGUGGCAUUGCUGAGCAGGGUCCUUCUUCUGAAGCCCACUCUUCUUGCUGUCCAUCUUUGCUUUUAGAAGCAACUGAUCUGUCCGGUUAUGGUGCCAAGCUGCAGAAAAUGAAAGACGGCCUCAUAGGAUCAGCUAUUGAUCUUAUCAAGAAAAGCUGUAUUGCUGAAACUCCAGCCAGUGGAUCAUGUGACGAAACCACAUCCCAGGAGCAAAGCAAUCAAUCUUCUGCUGCCUCCAUGACAACACAAAGCUGCCAGAAGGUUCCAAACAAUGAGGUAUCCUCUGACCCAAAACCCAAUCUAUGCAGUCCUGGGUGUCGGAGAUCCAGUUCUGACAUGACUCAUGAAGCUGGGGAGUCAGGAAAAUCCCAGCGUGGGAGCCGUCUGCGUCCACAUUACAGUGACCCGAUGCCAACUGAUGCAGUGAAGAGGAAACAGUUGGAGUUAAAAAUUGCGGCAGCUGCUCGUCACCACGCACAGAGACGGAGGCAGGAAAAGGAAAAUGGACCAGUUUUGAUGAAAGCCAACACUACAACCUCCUGCAGUUCCAGGAAGGAUAGCACUUACACCACUGGUCAGUCCCACCGAUCCCGACAUCGCUGGAGUAAUAUCAGUAGCCUGAGCACAGACAGUGGUAUAGUUGGUGUUAACGAUGAAAAAGAAGAUUGUGAAGGUAGCACAAGACCUAUAAAGCCAGGAGAAGUGGAGAGGGUAGACAGUGGCAUUGGAGAUGCACUUUCCAGGAGGUGGAGAGCUAGAGUAGCUGAAACUGCCACUUCUCUGGAAGCAUGGGAGGCACACCGCCCAUGCACCGACUGUGGGGAGGGAAAUUCUGCAAUGGAUGCUGAGAGCAGGGGCAAGAGGAGAGAGACUUUGUGUAUGAAAUGCGUCACUCGUAGGAUAGAACGUAAGGAAGCCGUUCUGGAAUUUGUUAACACGGAAUCGAGUUAUGGGGAGGACCUGCGGAUAAUAAAAGAGGAAUUCUACAUUCCUAUGCAAACUGCAGGACUGCUGACGCUGGAACAGCUGGCUGUUGUGUUCAGCAACAUACAGGAACUCAUCGAUCUCAAUGAGAAGUUCCUUGAGGUUCUACAGGAGGAAAUUGACCAAGCGUUCGACCAGGGAGAUGAGGACCUGAUGACUGUCUGCAUUGGUGAAAUCUUCUUGGAGUUUGUGAACAUGUUGCCGGAGUUCCAAACCUACUGUCUCCAGCAACCAACCUCAGUGGGGACACUCAACGCUCUGGAGAAAGAGAAGGAGCUUCUGAGAAUUUUCCUGGAUGUGUCUCAAAAUGAUAACACUGCUCUACGACGCAUGAACCUCCGAUCAUUCCUCAUGGCUCCUUUACAAAGAGUCACUAAGUACCCUCUCCUCCUGAGCCGGAUACUCAAAAGUACAACAGAGUUUCACCCUGAUCACAGCAGUUUGUGGGAAGCCAAAAGCCGAAUUGAAUCCCACUUAGAGCACAUCAAUAUGAAAACUAAGCAGGAAGGGAACACAUGGACGUUACGUUCCUUCCGCAGAGAGAGCAGGAAGAAUAGGGAAGUGACCAACAUUGAGAUGAGAGAGAUGGCAAUCAAGCAAGUCAGCUGGCCAAGAGAGGAGACACGCUUCAUUAAAGAAGGAUCUCUGCAAUUAGCACAACCUACAGAUGGCCAAUGGGUAAAGAAAGGUUGCAAGUCUCUAAAGUUCCAGAAUGUACAUGCUCUUCUGAUGGUGAACAUGAAGAAGAUUUCUGAUGGUGGUCCGGAAAGUAGCACUUCUGAUAAAACAGUUAAAGAUGCUGUUUUGGUGCUGAUCAAAGACAAAAGUAAUGGGAAAUUUGUGAUGCUCAGGGACCCCCUGAAACUUGGCCACUGUGUGGUGUCCACAGACCCAGAAUGUGAAGAUACAUUUGAACUCUUGGAGAUCAGAAGAGAAGGGUUUGUGUUUCGAGAUAAUGACAGUUCCCGAACUCAACAUUGGUUCCAACAGAUUAAAAAUUACUCCAGUGAUCUUGGAUCCUGGAGGAAACGUCGCAAUGCUCUCCCAAAUAUAAUGAUAAGCACAGUGCAAAAUAGACCAUGAAGGCGUCACAUAUAAAGGGUUGAAAUUACCCCCAAGCAUCUGCACAAAUGUAGACCAAUUACUGUACCAAGUUUAUUUUAGCAAAACCAAGACUCUCGUAAUCUUACCAUAGUUUGAACAAUUUUGCACAGGUUGUACAGAGAUGGAUCUCAGCUUGGAGUAUUUUACUGUUUCUCAUCCCUCUCUUCAGCCAUCUUCCAUAGGGCAAUCUGCAAACCAUGACCUACAGUAUGGAAGAACUAGGGAAUUCUUUUCUUGCUAAAGAAAUGAAGAAAGGAAUGAGAAACUGAGCUGCUGUCAGAAUACUCUUUAGUAUUAAAGGUUAUAGCAGCUAGGUUUCCCGAUGCAGAACCAAAACUAAAACCAACAACCCUCACAAGGUUUACUCAUGUACUGGAUAAUUCUCAUGUGAUUCGCAUAAAUUAUAACGUAUUUAUUGUCAAUCAGGAGGCAUCCAUUUACAGUUUCUUUGCGGUUGAGUUCAUGUUUGGGCAUCUUUCACAUGGCUUGUAAACCUAUAGAGAUAUAACAGUUGUGCCCUUGCAGCAUUGGGUGGAAUACGAGAUGAUGUUGUUACUGCAGAACUAAGAAAUGCACCCCCUGUUGGAGUGUCAGAGCAAUGAGCAACUUCAGCUAAUGCGGGCAUAUGCCACUAGUUCCAAGAAACCCAAAAAAUCAGAGCACACUUUUUGAGACUUGCAUUUCAACCACAACUGGUGUGCCAUAGGUUGCUGAAGGCACCAUGCCACAGCCAACAAAUGGCUGCAGUAAAGUCACCCAUCUGAAAUCAGCCUCAUUGUAAUAUAUAUAUAUAUAUAUAUAUAUAUAUAUAUAUAAAGUCUUUUUUUAUUGAAUAAAAUUUUAAAUACAUUUCAGUCAUUUUUGACCUGUCAGAUCAGCUGCAGUUUUCCAUACUAGGUGUUCCAGCAUCAGAUUAAAUGUAAUACCAGAUUUCAAAGAGAUAGUGUGUGUUGGUUACUAGCCGGACAAUAAAAUGCAAAUCGUGCAAAAGAAUAGAAUCAGAAUCUCAUUUAAUAAAGUCACGGCAACUGUUGCU